GUAUACCCGAAGUAAGGUCUUGUACAUGAAGGAUCAUGGGGACUGUUUGUGUGAGAAAAAAUCCUACUUUGGAUCAAACGCUGUCAACGAAAUCGUGGCUUCAGAAAGUUUGAGAGGAUACAAUUCUACCAUGUUGGCCGUAAGCGGCCCCGCUGAUUCACAUAUACGCUUCAAGCUUUGUUGGUGAGCUUCGAGCUAGACGAACCCAAGUUGAGCUUGCGUAACCUACAUGUAUAUGUCAUGUCACCAGGUCAUGGCUAUUGCAUGACCUUAAGAGCAAACUGUCGUAAUGAGCAUUCGUUUGGCAUGGGCGCUGGAAUGGAACCGUGUUUUUGGCCGACUGUUUUCUAGAUUCCGGCACGCUGUUGUUCAACUAUCCCACGUGAACAUAUCAGAAGAUAUUGCAAGCUUGAAACGAGUCGGUAUAAUCAAUCGGAUCCUGACAGACAGCGUUGAACUGCUGUAGAACUCGCCCUCAUCUUGAUGGCCUUCCGGUUCAGGCUAUGUGGUUGCUCUAGCAACGCGGAUGUUGUUGGGGCCGGGGUUUAUCCGACGUGCCCUGCGGAUUCACAUCCAAUCGCGUCCAGGCUUGAGAAAUGCUCUUCAGUUAUUCAUCCAUCAAUCAUCCCAAGUCUGAUCAACCACAGUUUACGGCUACUGUAACAAUGAGCGCUGUCUACGAAUAUUGAUAUACCCAAUGCUUGUCAUUGUCUAAAAUGGCUACUUAUGCCACUCCGACCCCUGCAGCGCUGGCUUCCAGUCUCAAUAACUCUCGACGAUCGCAUCUCCGAACCACGACGCGCCUGGCUACCCAUCGUGCGCAGCCAUCCGCCCAUGCGACCGCACCAGAAUAUAAAGCAUCACAACCUGGUCGAAAUAUGACAGGCGACAGCUCCGACGAUGAGGAUCUCGCGCCAAUCAAGCUCAGUGCAGAGGCCCAAGCGAUUUUAGGGGAGGUUGAUCCGCACUCGGCGCCGGACAAGGAGAACUGGGAACCACAUUCGCGACAAACAAGGCCGGCGAACGAAGAAUACGAAAAACAGCGAGGUCCUGCAAUUGAAGUACUGAAGAAGAGUAGUCCGCAUCAACAAAGAGACGGCAGCCCAGCUCCACGGGUCGUCCGAGUCACCUCAGGAGCUCGUCCUGGGCCACCUGCAAUCUUGGGAAGAGACGGUUCAUUCAUGUACAAAAUCCACGAAAAGCCAUCCACGCGCAUUCAUUCCGAUUUCCACGACUCCCAGACUCCGGCGCCAAGGAUACGGCGCGUCCGCAUCAGUGAUUCUAGGCGGCUUUCAAGGUCUCCUCCUUCCCAUCAACAGCCCGACUCGGCUCAGCGACAAGAUCAGCAAGUCGACGCGUCUCAAUCAGCAGGUCGUUCUCACAGUCCGCAGAAUCAUCACUCACAAAGCAGUCCAGAUGAGGAAGGCGGCGCUAUCCCGUCCACAAUUCUGAGAUCCCGACGAGGGGAAGAGAAUGGACCUCAAAGCACCAUGCGGGUUCGCCGCAUAGGAGGUGCUUUAUUGAACAGACCUGUUAGACGAGGGAUGGUGCGGCGGCAAAGUGAGGAGGACGAUGUGGGCAUAGAGCAGCAUGAAGAGGCCCGAUCAGGCACACCCGAGAUUGAAGUUGGUAGAAGGGCCAGAGAAGCUGAUCUGGCGGAUCUGCCUGACGACUUGCUCGCCCUUCAAGGCAGUCCCAUGCAAGUGAAAUCAGUCUAUCAAUCGCCCAAGCAUGCAUCUCCUGACCGUCAAAAAGAACCACCGAGGGAGCAGCAACACGAACAACAAAGAGAGCCGCCGGAAAGGUGGCCACAGGAGCCUCCUUCACCAAACCGGCCACCACCAUCAAGGCCAGCAUCCGUUAACAGGGCUUUACCGACACCUGGCACCCGAGGGUCACACCCUUCUUCGUCGAGGACAUCCAGCGUACAGCGCAAUCCAAUCUUCAAAAUCCCCCCACUACCCUCGCAUCCUGCGGCGCAAGAUCAAGAAAAUGAGCCACCUCCAACAUUUCGCAGAGCAAAGUCUACCGCACCAGUAUUAAAACUGCAUGAAGAUGAGCCCCCAAGCGAGCAGAAGCCUGCUGCGGAACCUCCUGCAUCAGUGCCGGCGCAGACCUCACCUUCGCGACAACCACUGGUGGAGAAACCCAACAAUAUAGCCCACCGACCAGCCCCGGCGCCGCCGCCAAAAAUGUCGAUUUUGGAAGCAGCCACAUCGAACGCCGGAUCACGAAGCAAAAGAUCGGUCCACUACGUGUUGAACGGCAAGACAUACCGACGACUAGACUGCAUCGGACGAGGCGGGUCAUCAAGAGUAUUCCGAAUCAUGGCGGAAAACUACAAGAUCUUUGCAUUGAAAAGAGUGAACCUGGAAGAAGCCGACAUGGCCGCGAUAGCCGGGUACAAAGGAGAGAUUGACCUUUUGAAGAAGUUGGAGAACGUGGACCGAGUGAUUCGACUAUACGACUACGAGAUCAACGAAGAAAAGGGAGUGCUGAACGUGAUGAUGGAGCUAGGCGAAUCCGAUUUCAACAAGAUGCUCAACGAGCAGUUGAAAGCAGACAACGCUCGACUAGACAUCACAUUCACCCGACACUACUGGAAGGAGAUGCUGGAAUGCGUACAAGCAGUACACGAGCACGACAUUGUACAUUCGGACCUGAAACCGGCGAAUUUUCUAUUGGUGAAAGGCCAGCUAAAGCUGAUUGAUUUCGGAAUCGCAAACGCCAUCCAGGACGACACGGUCAAUGUGCAUCGCGAGAACCAGAUCGGGACGCCCAACUACAUGAGCCCAGAGUCAUUGGUGUGUCACACGGGAGGGACUCCCGGCGCGCCCAAGAUACUGAAACUAGGCAAACCGAGCGAUGUUUGGAGUCUGGGAUGUAUUCUGUAUCAAAUGACGUACGGACAGCCUCCCUUUGCCCAUAUCGCCAAACAGUUUGAACGCAUCAUGAGCAUUCCGAAUCCAAAAGUCGAGAUCCAGUUCCCCAACACGGGUAUCGGUGGUGCAGUGGUACCGUUUGGACUUAUCAAGACUCUGAGAAGGUGUUUGACUCGCGAACAGUCCCUGAGACCAACUGUCAAGGAGUUGCUGAGUGAAUCGGACCCGUUCCUUAAUCCGGUAGCUAUCAGUCCCGAUAUGCUUGGAAGGGUUAUUGGUAAUGUUGUGGGUUAUUGUCGCCGGAGGGAGGAGGCUCUCAAGGCAAAGGGUGAACUAGUUGCUACGGUUGAAGGCGCUAGUUGUUUGCCCCGUGAUGAGGAGAUGAAGGGCUGGCCGUGGGCGUUUUAUGAGAAGUUGAGACAGGCUCAGGAGGAGGGCACGGCUUGGUAGUAAGUACUGUAUAGAGUAGUUACCUUUUUAAAGCAGUGGCAGCAUGGCUUGGAAGAUGGAAGUCACCCAUUGUUUCCCUUGGGAAGGUCUGUUGUUUUCUGUUCUCUUGGAUAUGGUGGUGGGUGCAAUGGGCUGUGAUGGCAGGGAUUGUGUCUUCCUUUGGAAAGAAGUCUGGAUUUUGGGGUUUCAGUUGCAGAUUGCAGAAUCCAAUGAACGAGCAAGAUGCGAAUUGCAAAAAGCGAGGAGUCAAAAGCCAGAGGCCAGAGCAUAAAAACCUCAUUCAGCGUUCAGGUCUUUAUUUGUCGUCCGUUGUUGUCUAAUAAAUUCGAGGUUCGAAUUCCUUAUA